UUGGUAGUUUCCCUCCCUGCCAGGUCUGCCUGUCUACCUAUCUGUCAGGGUGUCUCACAGUCCCAGCCCGCUGGCCGGCUUAUGUACCAAGCAAGUAGACCACAUGUGUUGUAUAUAUCCACAUCGAGAAAAGAAAAAGGAAAAAAUAAAUCGACAGGUCAUCAUCAUCGGUCAAUAUAUUUCUCCCACUAUUCAUUUGUCAUCUCUUCUCUUCACAUCUCAUCGAGAUGCUUCCAGGAAGAUAAACCUAAUCACUGUACGACUUGAGCGAAACCUUUUUUUUAUUUUCCCUUUCCCCAAACCAAUCAUAAGAACAGCAAUAGCAAUAGUAAUAACCUCAAGCAGGCUGAGUAGUUUCAGCCCCCAAAAAGUAGCUAAGGUAGUCUAACUAACAUAGCCCUUCUAAGCCCUCCACUGUCGAUUAUGAUCGAGUUACUAAGGGGCAUGGUAGUAUCUAACAUUUAGUCUACCCCUCAGGCACAGACCACACGUUUUGGGUCUAGC